AUGACGAUAUGUACUUACAACGCACGUACGCUUGCAUCGGAAGCGGCUAUCGAAGAUCUGAUGAUGCAAGCUAAGAAGAUCAAGUACGACGUCGGAGUCGUCGGACUGACCGAGACGAGACGUCAUCCUCUCAACGCCGCAUAUAAAACUGGAGAGGAACUGUUCUUAGGAACAUGCGACAGUAGAGGAGUUGGUGGAGUUGGCGUCGAGUAUGGCAAAGAACAUCGACUCUUUCGAACAACUUACCCGAUUCGGACGUCUGCGGAUGAGAAGAUGUAG